AUGCCUCAUAAUACAAAACGCAAAGUAGUUAGCAACUUAAAAUUAUGCCCCAAUUGCCUUUACAAUCAUCACGGUAAGCCCUGCAUUUCAAACAAAAUAUGUCGUAUUUGCCAUAAUGAUCAUAACUCGCUGUUACACGAGGCAUUUACGUCACAUGGCCCGCACGUGUCGGUGCGAUCGUCAGCAAGUUCAACGCCCGGCACGUCCGCCGCCGUCAUACCUAUUGUUGCAUGU